AUGAAAUCCUUUCAAUGUGCUAAUCAUAAAUAAGAUAUUGUCUAUUAUUGUAAUGAUCAACAUUGUGAAAAUAGAUGUCUAUGUGCUUAGUGUGAACAUGAGCAUGAUAAAACUACAGUUCAAAAUUUAUUAGAAGGUUACAACAUAAAAGAACUGGUCUAAACUUUCUAAAGUUUUAAAUAUAUCAUUAAUGAUUUAAUGUCAAAGAUGGAACAUGAAUUGAACUAACAUCUUCAAUAAAUUAAAUAACCUCAAAUAACAUCAUCAAAUUUAGAAUAAUUCAAUAAAUAAUUGAGUGAAAUCUCAAAUAUCUAAAAUACAUUAUAAAACAAAAUAAAAAACAGAUUACAACAUAUUAUUAAUGCAUUAAAAGGAUAAGAUUUAGAUUCAAGUCCAAUUGCAGUAAUAGAUACUAGAAAAAAAGAACAUUCUAAAUCAGUCAUUAUUAGCUAAGCCUAAUUAUAAUAGGAUAUGAUUAAGAAAACUAGAUAGUCAAAAAUAUUCAAAAUGAAUCCUGCUUAAUCAAAUUAACAAGAAACAUAAUAAAUGGUACAAUAACCAAAUUUAAAUUUGGAUAGAGUUGAAGUAGCAAGAUUAUAAUAAUUAAGUACUUAAGAUUGGGCUUGGAAAAUGACUUCAUCAACUAUAUUUUGUUGUAUAUUUUCAUCUUUAAGAGACUUAAAAAUUAUAGGAUUUUUAUAGCCAUGUUUAUUUAAAAGUAGUACUAAAAAUUAUCAAAAAAAAUCAGCAGUUAUCAAUUUUGGUAUUUAUAAUAAAAAAAAUUUGACUAAAUAACCAAUACAUUAAGAAAAAUACACUUUAAGACAUAGUAAAAUGAAGAUAGUUAAUGAUUGUUAUGAAUUAAUGUUAAGUAAACCAGUUUCAAUAAAAGAAUUUACAGAAUAUUCAAUUGCAAUAUGGCCAAGCAAAGUCUUGUAUUGUCAUUAUUUUAGUAUUGCUGCUCCUAUUAAUCCAUUCAUUGCAUUUCAAACUUAAGAUUUUAAUGAUAAUCCUAAAAUAAAAAGAUCAGAAGAAUUUCCAUAAGUUAUAUCAACAUUUCGUGCUGGUUUAGUACCAUAUUUAAUAAUUGAUCCAAGAUAAUAAUGA